AUGGUGUCUUGGUCGAAUAAAAGCAGCCACCACCAGUCGAGAUCGGCAAGCUUCUCCGCCGAUGCCGGCCUGGCGCUGGUCGUCCUCGCCCUCCUCUUCGCGAGCGAACUUGCCGGCUCACCACUCUUCUCUGACAACUCGGCCCAAUUGUGAGUUAACCCUGUAGCCACUGACAGCCUCAAGCUCAAGAAAUCCAAACUUUUGGUGGGAGCUCACUGACAUGUGACUUUGACGAAUACCUCCAUUGGAACCCCCCCUAUCCUCGCAGCUCGAGCUUCAAAUCUGCGGGCUCGUACACGUCUCCCUUGUCACGUUGCAAAGUGGAACAGGUGCGUCAUAGAUCUUCCGAGUAGAACUGUAUUCAUAUUUGUCAUAUUUGGUACCCGGAGCGCUGAUCAUCAAGUCCCCUCUUUUUCUCUAGGUGAUCGUCUUGGAGCGCAACGGAGCGAAUGCCCCCGAUGCGCAGCUCGCCGCCUCUCUACAAGCAUCGCUGGCGAAAGUGAUUGGCAAGGCCAAUUAUACGUCCUCGGCCAUGGACUUUCUCGGAAAGUACCAGUAUACUCUCGGAUCGAAUGGCGCUUUGUAUUCCGCUGGUGCAGCACAGUAAGUAUCCUAUCUCAGUGCAACGGUUUUGAUCACCACAAUUUCUGCCCUUAGAAUCAUGCUGAGCCUUCCCCCACUCGAAUUCCCCUGCAGGUCGAAAGAAGCCGGGGUUCAAUUUCGUAAGAGGUAUUGUCGCGAUGGAGCACUCUUGAACAGUCAAUGCGGAGACCAUUGGAUCAGGACUACGGUCAGUUAGCCCCCUUGUUGAAUCGUCCUCAAGUUCGUUACUCAACCCCCAACGUGUGACUCGAUGCAGGACUCUCCCGCCCUGUUGGAAUCUGCCAAGAAUUGGGGAGCGGGGCUGAUGCAAGGUUCAGGUGGCUCGGUGAACUCGCCGCGGGUCAUCUCGGAGGGACUUCACUUCAACAAUACGCUCGCACCUCAAUGCCCCAACCUCGUCAGCUCGGUGCCGACUGCGCAACAGCAAUGGAGGGACGUUUGGUCUCCAGCCGUCAUUCAGAGAUCACAAACUGGUGGUAGCAAUUAUGGUUUGAACGGUACGGUGAGUGAAUGUGGGAUCAGGAUAACCCGUGCUCGUUGUCGCAGCCCGACGGUACUGACCCGAGCAACCGGGAUCGGACAGGACAUUAUCAACUUUGCGUACAUGUGUGCGCUCGAGUCGUUCGCGAACGGAUCCACAUCCCCCUUUUGUUCCUUCUUCCUCGACUCCGAUUGGCCCCACAUCGAAUACGACGGUGACCUCGGAAAAUAUUACGACCACUCUUAUGGCGCGCGAUUGGUACAAAGCCUAGGCACGAGCUGGUCGCUCGAGCUCCUUGCGCGCCUGACGGGGAACAGAGGCUACGUUCUAAAGGAGACAACGCUCGUUAACAAGACGACGGAUUCCUCGCCGGAGAACUUUCCCUUGGAUCGUCCCCUUUACGCCGAUUUCGCUUCCGACGAUCAAAUGCUUGCCGUCAUGAGUCUGCUCAAUCUCUUCCUGGAUUCGGCUCUGAGUACGACGUUGCCGUGCCCGAUGCGAAGCUUCAUCACCAGUAAGAUGGUGCCGUUCGCGGGGAGAAUUGUCUUUGAGCGCCUUUCCUGUACUGGGAAUGGUUUUUGGGCUUCCAUCAAGCAGACGAUCGGAGCUUCUUCGGGUGCUUUCGUUCGCGUCGUCGUGAAUGACGAAGUGAUCGAUAUCCGUCAUAUCUGCCAUGAGGUAUGUGCCAGCACCCCCGAAAUUCCGUUCAAAGUUUUGGCGCACUAACUUUUCGAAUUACCCGCUUCGUGCGCUACUACUCCUCAUCGGUCGCUUGUUCCUCCCCGCUAGGAUGCCGUCUUGGAAAACGGGACCAUGUGCAGCCUUGAAUCGUUCACCGCCGGCGUCGACAUCGUGCAGUACGAGAAGAUGUCUCGCUUUGCGCAAUGUGGUUUCGUGGCGGCGGACAAGUACACCGGGUCUCACAGAGCGUCGAAAGCGCAAAUCUAUCGGAACCGCUGA